AUGUCUGGUCGUGGUAAAGGUGGUAAAGUUAAAGGCAAGGCAAAGUCACGAUCAAAUCGUGCUGGAUUACAAUUUCCAGUUGGUCGUAUUCAUCGAUUAUUGCGUAAAGGCAAUUAUGCUGAACGCGUUGGUGCAGGUGCUCCAGUCUACUUAGCUGCCGUUAUGGAAUAUUUGGCUGCUGAAGUUCUUGAAUUGGCUGGCAAUGCAGCACGCGAUAAUAAGAAGACAAGAAUCAUUCCUCGUCAUUUACAGUUGGCCAUACGUAAUGAUGAAGAAUUGAACAAAUUAUUGUCUGGUGUUACAAUUGCACAAGGUGGUGUAAAUCCAAUUGAACGCACCACCCACACUUCGAUGAAAAUAAUAUUGCUACGAGCAAGUGAAGCGUGUGCUAGGUGCGCGGAGUAUCCUGCUACACCAGCAGUUAUGCUUUUAUGA